ACUCCCUUCCUCAACUCACAUUCCUUCGCCCCAGCCCCGCUCCAGCUGCCUGCGCUGCCAGCGGAGGCCCUGGUCUCCCGCUCCAACUAUUCCAACCAUCCUGGGAAGGGUGGGGCGCUCGGCUCUCGGGUCCCCCUCCCCUGCUCCCCCUCGUUGGUCUCCCCUUCUGCCUCGGUCCCUCCCUUUCUGGGAUGGGGCCAGCCAAUGCGCGACGAGACUCCAGGGUUUGGCCCGGGAGCCAGGGUGCGCACAGAUCCCCCGCCCCACAGUUCUGGCCGCGGUCCCGGUGCGCACGGACGUGGCUCGAGUUUCCUCUGCUCUCUGCUCUCGAUCGCUCUCCCCCUCCCGCUCCUCCUUCUCUCCAGGUCUCCCGCUCCGGCUUCAGCUCCACUCGGCCGGCCUCGCUCGGCUCCGGGUAGCCAUGGAGGACGUCACGCUCCACAUCGUCGAGCGGCCGCUUCCCGGGUACCCCGACUCCGAGGGCCCGGAGCCCUCCCCCGUGGGGGCGCCGGCAGCGGAGGAGCCGUCCGGGGCCGGCUCUGAGGAGCUGAUCAAGUCGGACCAGGUGAAUGGAGUGUUGGUGCUAAGCCUUCUGGACAAAAUCAUCGGCGCCGUCGACCAGAUCCAGCUGACCCAAGCCCAGCUGGAGGAGCGGCAGGCGGAGAUGGAGGGCGCCGUGCAGAGCAUCCAGGGCGAGCUGAGCAAGCUGAGCAAGGCACACGCCACCACGAGUAACACAGUGAGCAAGUUGCUAGAGAAGGUGCGCAAGGUCAGCGUCAACGUGAAGACCGUGCGCGGCAGCCUGGAGCGCCAGGCCGGCCAGAUCAAGAAGCUGGAGGUCAAUGAGGCCGAGCUGCUGCGGCGCCGCAACUUCAAAGUCAUGAUCUACCAGGACGAAGUGAAGCUGCCGGCCAAGCUGAGCGUCAGCAAGUCGCUGAAGGAGGCGGAGGCGCUGCCCGAGAAGGAGGGCGACGAGCUGGGCGAGGGCGAGCGGCCCGAGGAGGACGCGGCGGCGCUCGAGCUGUCGUCCGACGAGGCGGUGGAGGUGGAGGAGGUCAUCGAGGAGUCGCGCGCCGAGCGCAUCAAGCGCAGCGGCCUGCGGCGCGUGGACGACUUCAAGAAGGCCUUCUCCAAGGAGAAGAUGGAGAAGACCCGCGUGCGCACGCGCGAGAACCUGGAGAAGACCCGCCUCAAGACCAAGGAGAACCUGGAGAAGACGCGGCACACCCUGGAGAAGCGCAUGAACAAGCUGGGCACGCGCCUGGUCCCCGCCGAGCGGCGCGAGAAGCUCAAGACGUCGCGCGACAAGCUGCGCAAGUCCUUCACGCCCGACCACGUGGUCUACGCGCGCUCCAAGACGGCGGUGUACAAGGUGCCGCCCUUCACCUUCCACGUCAAGAAGAUCCGCGAGGGCGAGGUGGAGGUGCUGAAGGCCACCGAGAUGGUGGAGGUGGGCGCCGACGACGACGACGAGGGCGCCGAGCGCGGCGAGGCCGCCGACCUGCUGCGCGGGAGCAGCCCCGACGUGCACACGCUGCUGGAGAUCACCGAGGAGUCGGACGCCGUGCUGGUGGACAAGAGCGACAGCGACUGAGCAGGACGCGGGCCCUGCCUCUCCCCGCCCCCACCCUGUUCCUUUCCCUUUCUGAACUUUCUCUUUCGCAUUCUCUCUCAGCCCCCAACUGGCUGAGAUGUUUCUAGAUUUAAAACACCUGCCUUCAAGGAGCACUCCUCCGAGUCUUACAGCUGUUAAGCCCGGAGAGGGAGGCAGCCCCCCCAGGGGAGAGCCCCGGUUUGGACGUGGUGCGGGUGGAAAUGGGAAGGGGGGCGAUCCAUGUCUCAGUUGUCCAAGUCGGAGGUCCUGAAGGAAAGUGCCCUGAUUCCACAGUCGGGCCCCCUUUCGGGGCUUCCUUCCCCUCAGUUUCCCCUGCUCACUCCCUGCUCAGGGAGCUCUUCUCUUCCUUCCCAUCCUGACCCCUGGGGCUUCAAAGCCAAAAUUACCCAAAGAGGAUGGCCGGGCGCGGUGGCUCACGCCUGUAAUCCUAGCACUCUGGGAGGCCGAGGCGGGCGGAUUGCUGG